CAACGGUGAGUGUUAGUAUUGAAAUACGCAGUUCUCGUGAAUGAGCCUGGCUUAGAUUUGGGAACAAGAGCCAACCCCUUUCGACCGAGAAGCCGUCGUCUUCACCAUAUUCGCCUCAACCAUUCGAUAGCCACGUUUGAAGAAGAAUUAGGAUUGCCAUGGGGAAGCAACCGGUUCGGAUGAAGGCUGUGAUCUAUGCUUUAUCGCCGUUCCAACAGAAGAUCAUGUCAGGGUUAUGGAAUGACUUGUCCGGCAAGAUUCACCAUAAGAUCUCCGAGAACUGGAUCAGUGCCGCCCUUCUAAUUACCCCUGUCGUCGGCUCCUACACGUACGUACAGCAGUACAAGGAGAAGGAAAAGUUGUCUCACAGGUACUGAGCGCCUGGUCCCUUGAUAUGAUAUGUCAUCCCUCUACCUUGAAGAACUUUUGAUCUUUAUCAAUUUUUUGUUAUAUGCAAAUGGAGCUAUGGUUUCUUAGACUAUGAGGACGUGCUUUUAUUUUGAGGAACAUUUUCUCUCUUGUUCGUUGGAAUAAAUUACAACAUUUUUCUGUUGUCAA